AUGACGCGCAUCUUGCCCGCUCUAAGUGCGCUAUGGGCGCUAACCUCUUCUUGCCUGGCCUUCACGCCUCCGACCGGAGACUGGUCCACCUAUGCCGCCAACUCGGCCAUCUCGCGUGGGCAAGGCAAUGGCUUGAAGGACGGGGUCCCGUUAGUGGAUUAUCCGGAUGGCGUGUUCCAAUGGGCGCUCAGGUUGCUGUACGAACGUGACGGCAACGCAAGCUACUUCGACUACAUCGUCGAGGGUGUUGACAAUGUCGUCUUCGCCAAUGGAAGCGUAGGCGGGGGAUACAAUGUCACCGAUUACACUCUGGAUCCCGUUCGAGUUGGACCCAGCUUCGUAUACCUGUACAACAUGACGGGUGAGGAGAAGUACAAGAAGGCUGCGGAUCUGUACCGGAGUCAGCUCAAUGGCCAUCCACGCACAGCCGAGGGCCAGUUCUGGCACAAGCUGAUCUAUCCAAACCAAGGAUGGCUUGACGGCAUCUACAUGGGCGAAGUCUUCUACGCUGCAUACACCGCCCUCUUCGAGCCCACGAACCAAACCGCGUGGGACGACAUCACUCUGCAAUUCUCGCUCAUGCACACCAACACCAAACAGUACAACGCCACGACAAACCAGACGAACGCGGGUCUCCUAUACCACGGCUACGACUACAGCCAUGUUCAAGACUGGGCCUCGCCCGACCGUGGGCAUAGCCCCGAGGUUUGGGACCGUGCGCUAGGAUGGUACUUUAUGGCCCUCGUCGACGUGCUGCAGAUCGCGCCGGCCGAGCAGACAGACCUCACGAGCACGCUCAAGAGUAUACUGGCGGAUCUGGCACCGAACCUCGUGAAGGCUGCGGAUCAGAAGACGGGCGUAUGGUGGCUUGUUUUGACAUGGCCCGGACGUGAAGGAAACUACUUCGAGAGUUCGGCGGGCUCUAUGUUCAUCUACGCACUGCUUCGUGCUGUGAGGCUCGGAUUCCUGGACGACGUUGAUGGCUCGUACGUCAAGGCUGCGAAGAAGGCAUUCAAGUACGCAACGACCAGCGGGAAGUGGGUGGAGACGAACAAGAAUGGGACGAUGAGUUAUGAUGCGACAGUCGUGGUGGGGAGCUUGCAGCCAGGCAAUGAUUAUGAGUACUAUGUCUCCGAACCUGUAGACCUUAACGACCUCAAGGGUCUGGCACCUUUCGUGCUAGCAGCCUAUGAGAUUGAAGCUCUCAAAUAA